AUGAGCAUGGGCGAUCAAAGCUUCGGGCAUAUUCCAUCUGGUUUUGCCUCGCCGGUAAGGAGAUCUGCCCGUCUGAACAAUGUGCCUGGUAGUGUUGAAGCUGAAGGGCCCUCGCUCCCCUCUCUGAACGCGUCGCGUCGCCGGUCGCGUCGCGGCAAGUCUGAUAUUAUAGACACCUCUGCCUGGUCUUCUUCGCUGUAUUCGGCACGCGAUCCCUCCCAGGUAAGCAGCUACUAUUUGAGGCCAUUUGAGGAAGAUACCAACUUGCGUGCCAAUGGAAAUGCGCAUACGGACGACGGUUCUCGUUUGAUGGGCGACAUGUCUGGAUGGGGAUCGCUAUUACGUGGUGCACAAAGGCCCUCUGCAGCAUCCAAGUCGUAUGCACAUCGUGCUUCCCAUCCUCCCGCAUUUUUGAAUGAUUACUCUGAAGAGGAAAAAUUCAUGCAGCAAGUCGAGUCGCAGUGGAAGGCAUCUACGCAGCCGCCUGUGGACUCUGUACCCCAAGCUGACGAUUCCGUGUUUGUAAACCAACAUACGCCGCAGGUACCGGGUCUAUUUCGGUCUGUGAUAGAUGCGGCGCAAGAAUCUAGCUCGGCGGCUGACGAUCCUGCUACCAAGCCAAAGCCACCCACCCAAGAAGAUACUCGCGCCAACAUGUUUGAGCGGCCUCCUUCUGAUAUUCCGACUUCCAAGUUGCAUGGAAUUCGCACGGCAUUGUUUGUACUUCUCGUUUCUGGCUUAGUGUAUUAUAUUUUGUACGGACGUGGAACAUCUCCCACACUCUUUUCGCGCGAUCCCUUGGCUCGAUCUCCAUUGUGGUCUGACACCCCUGAAGACCUUCAGCAGCGUGUCAUUUCUUUGGAAACUGCUAUGAAUAAGGUAUGGACCGCCUUGAAAGAGGUACGGACGGAUGUGAAGCAAGGCCAUGACAAGCUAUCUUCUCGACUUAGCUCGCUCGAGCAACGGGCUGUCGUUAAGAACACUGUCGAAGCGCUAAGCAAAGAUAUGGCUACAUUACGGCAACAACAUGCAGAUGCACUCUCCCUGUGGCAGCAUGAAAAGGAGGCAUGGGAAAAGAAACUUUCGCAUUCGUCUGCCCCGUCGUCUGGUGCGUCGUCCAAGGCGUGGAGAGCUAUGGAAGCCAAAGUGGCUGAUCUUGAAAAGCAGAUUGCUAAAGCAGAGCGGCAAGCCUUGGACGCUGAUACAGCUGCGCAAGAGGCACGUCGGAUGGUAGAGCCUUUGAAAGACUUUGUGCCUGAUCAUUUGCCUGUCCGCUAUGACCGGCGUACGAAGCAAGUGCGCAUUGACCCCUCGUUCUGGCAUGAAUUCCGCAAAGUGAUGCCAUCAUCGAAAGGUGAUGGCACUAGCUCGACCGCUCCGUCGUGGUCUUCAUUUUUGCUCGACCAUCGCACAGAGCUCGAUAAUCUUUUUUCGCAUAUGGUUCAUGAGAAUGUCGAAGCGGGUCUUCUGAUCGAUAAACGUGCCUUCUUGGAUUUAAUGGCCACAGAGCUGGCUCGUGCGAAAACUGAGCUUUCUGCGAAAUUCAACGAAAAUGUGCAUGGCCUUCAAAAUGAUGUGUUGGCUAAAGUACGUGAGCAGCAAGCGAUGUACGAGCGCUCUGGGUCUUGGGACGCACCUACACCGUCUUCUACCUCUUUUGAUAUGGACCAAGUGCAGCAGCUCAUUGAUGCAGCUCUGGCCCAAUUCGCAGCCGAUCAAAUUGGACGUGUGGACUACGCACAAUACACGGCAGGUGGCCGUGUUCUUCCCAGCCUGACGAGCCCGACGCAUGAAGUACGUAUGCCAGGGACCAAUGUACACAGCAUUCCGUGGAUGCUAUCGCAGCUCCUUCCUGCGCCUCUGCGGCCUCUUCAGGGCUCGACCUCCCAUACGGUGCGUGGGCGUAUGCCUGUUGUUGCACUUCAUCACGAUACCUCGCCAGGCAUGUGCUGGCCAUUUUCUGGCUCGCACGGCCAGCUGGGGGUGCAGUUGGUGGGCCGCGUACGCGUGUCCGCCGUGACUAUUGACCACAUCCCCGCUUCACUGGCGUUGGAUGGCCAGGCAUCUGCGCCUCGUGAUAUGGAGUUAUGGGGUCUCAUCGAUCGUGAUGAAGAUCGAGACAAGGUGGCUCGUUGGCGUCUCUUGCAAUCCACGCUCUCUGACGAGCCAUCCCCUGUACCUCCUUCUCCCGCACAUGUUUUCUUGGGCUCGUUUACCUAUGAUGCCUCUUCGCACGCGCCCCCCAUUCAGACGUUCCCUGUAGGCCAAGCUGCGGAGCAGAGCGGUCUGAGCUUCCGUGUCAUCCAGCUCCAUGUGCUCAGCAACCAUGGUCAUCGCGACUAUACGUGCUUGUAUCGCGUGCGCAUCCAUGGCGAAUCUGUGUAG